AUGCUGAAUUCUACUAAUGUUGACAUGCAAGGGGGUGGGAAGUCGUUGAGGUUCACAUGUUGGAAUGUUGGGGGAAUGAAUGGGCCAGUCAAGAGAGGACGUAUCCUGUCACAUCUCAAACACCUUAAAACUGAGAUCGCCUUUUUGCAGGAAACCCACUUGACUAUAAAGGAUCAGUCUAGAUUGAAGGCACAAUGGGUGGGCCAGAUUUACCACUCAGGCUUUGAUUCGAGGACACGGGGUACUGCCAUUCUAAUUCAUAAAAAUGUUCAUUUUAUUAAAAAAGAUAUUAUCUCCGACCCUUGUGGCCGUUUCAUUAUGGUUUCAGGUUGUCUCUUUAAUACCCCAGUGCUCUUGGUAAACAUUUAUGCCCCAAACUGGGAUGAUGAAGCUUUUAUUAACAAGAUUAUCUCCCUCCUGCCUGAUUUGAACUCUUACCAUUUGAUUUUUGGAGGCGAUACAAAUUGCACCAUGGACCAAGUCUUAGAUCGAUCAAGUACAAAGAAAAAAGCUAUUUCCAAGAUGGCUAAGGCUAUAUCUUCAUUUAUGAGUCAAGUAGGUUGUGUGGACGUUUGGCGUUUUAAGUUUCCUGACAAGAAAAUCUUUUCUUUUUUCUCUAAAGUACAUAAAACGUUCACUAGAAUUGACUACUUAUUCAUUGAUAAAUUUUUUUUACCCUCAGUUAAAUUCGUUGACUACUCAGCCAUCGUAGUUUCAGACCAUGCCCCCUUACUGCUUGACCUUGAUUUUUCAAAUUUAAACAAAGCCCGUCCACCUUGGAGACUAAAUCCCAUAUUAUUAAACGACCCUAAUUUUAGCACAUUUAUUGCCAAUAAAAUUGAUGAAUUCAUCUCAAAUAAUAACUCUGAUACUGUCUCACCAUCCUUACUUUGGGAAACCCUAAAGGCUGUAAUCAGGGGGGACAUUAUAUCAUAUUGCUCCAAAAAGAAUAAAUUAAAGAAAAAACAACUAGAUCAGUUAAUUGAAGGUAUUAAAAAAUUGGAUAAUGAUUACUCAGUAUCUCCUUCUCCUGAAACAUACAAAGAGAGGCUAAGUUUACAGAUGCAAUAUGAUUUGCUUACUACAGAAAAAACAGAGAAUAUGCUAAUACGCUCAAGGGGCCUCACGUAUGAACACGGUGAGAAGGCAGGCCGAUUACUAUCCCAUCAACUCAAGAAAGAGAGUGCUGCAAGAAACAUUCCCCAAAUUAAGAACUCAGAUGGCUUAUGUACAGUUAUUCCGACAGAAAUUAAUAACACUUUUAAAACCUUUUAUUCUGAUCUGUAUACUACUCGGUUCCCUGUGGACAUUUCUGAUAUGAUGAGCUUCCUUGGGGACCUCCAGUUUCCGAUUCUCCACGUCGAAAAAUAUGAAACUCUAGAACAGCCUUUAAGCUUGAAGGAGAUUGAAGACUCAAUUUUAGCAAUGCAAAAUGGGAAGGCUCCUGGCCCAGACGGCUAUCCAGUUGAAUUUUAUAAAAUAUUUUCUAAUAAACUAGCUCCACUCCUGUCGAAAAUGUACACUGACUCUCUUGGAAAGGGCCUCCUACCUCAAACACUUACAGAAGCAUCAAUUUCGCUUAUCCUAAAACCGGACAAAGACCCACUGAACUGUGGUUCAUACCGGCCCAUAUCUCUUUUAAAUGCUGACUACAAGAUUCUCGCGAAAAUAUUAGCUUCACGUAUGGAGACAGUCAUUAGUGACAUGAUCUCUGUAGACCAGACUGGUUUUAUCAGAGACCGUCAUUCCUCAUCUAAUAUUCGUCGUCUCCUCAAUGUUAUUCUCUCUCCUGCAUCCUCGUGGACCCCCGAGAUGGUGGUCUCCUUGGAUGCAGAGAAAGCUUUUGACAUGGUGGAGUGGAGUUACCUACUGGAGGUUCUCAAGAAGUUUGGUUUCGGUCCUAGGAUGAUCUCUCUCAUCUCACUUCUCUACUCGGCCCCUAAGGCGUCGGUCAGUACCAAUGGAAUGAAUUCACAGAUGUUUACGCUCUCUAGAGGCUGCAGACAAGGUUGCCCAGCAAGCCCCCUACUAUUCGCCCUGGCAAUCGAACCUCUCUCUAUUGCCCUUAAAUCAGCUCCUUUCUACCAGGGUAUUCGCAGGUGGGGAUUGGAAUAUAAAGUCUCUCUGUACGCAGAUGACUUAUUAAUAUAUAUAUCAGACCCAGUUUUCUCAGUGCCAAAGAUCAUUCAACUGUUGAAUAGAUUUGGUACUUUUUCGGGUUACAGAUUAAACUUUAAUAAAAGUGAAUGCUUUCCAAUAAACGACUUGGCUCGCAAAAUUCCAAGCAAUUCACUACCAUUUCGUACCUCUGAGAUUGGGUUUAAAUAUCUGGGGGUACUUAUCCGUAGAUCGCUAGAUGAUUUGUUUAGAGAUAAUAUCUUACCCCUUGUUGAGAAACUAAAAGUAGAUCUUCACAGGUGGGGACUUAUCAAUAUAUCACUGGCAGGGAGAGUGAACUGUAUUAAGAUGAACGUGUUACCUCGUUUUUUGUAUUUAUUUCAAGCCUUACCAGUCUUUAUUCCUAGAUCCUUUUUUUGUAAACUUGACUCAUUGUUGUCCUCAUUUAUCUGGGGGGACAAACCCUCAAGAAUUAAGAGAGAAUAUCUACAAAGAUCUAGGGUCGAAGGUGGUCUUGCGCUCCCUAAUUUUAAAUUUUACUAUUGGGCUGCUAACAUCUCUAAGAUAAUUUGCUGGUCCCAACACCCCGAUUUAGAUUGGUGCAAAAUUGAAGCCAACUCAUGUCUUAACACAUCUUUACUAGCCUUAACUACUACCAAAUUACCUAUUUUACCUAAACGUCACUCAGCUAACCCAAUUGUUGUGAGUACCUUACAGAUAUGGUCUCAAUUUAGAACCUUUUUCGGCCUCCGUGAACUUUCUCCCUACAGUCCUAUUUAUAAUAAUCACCUAUUUGCCCCCUCAAUUACAGACCCAAGCUACUUGACGUGGCACAGACUGGGCCUCUCUAGACUAUCAGAUCUCUAUAUUGACGGGAUUUUUGCAAAUUUUAGAGAACUAGCCAAUAAAUAUGAACUUCCGAAUUCUCACCUUUUUAGAUUUUUUCAAAUCCGUGACUUUGUUAAAACUCACAACCCUUCAUUCCCUAAUAAGCCUCCUAGUUCUGGAAUGGAACCUAUUCUAGAAGCUCCUGGACAAUUAAAAGGACUUUUGUCCUUUGUCUACAAAGUAAUCUCUUCUUUAAGAGCUACUACUGUAGACGGGAUCAGAUUGGGCUGGGAGGAAGAAUUUGGAGAACCAAUCGCAGAUGACACUUGGAAGCGGGCACAGACUCUAGUGAAUGGCAGUGCAUCGUGUGCCCGACUCAGCCUGAUACAACUGAAGGUCUUUCAUCGUUCCCAUUAUAGCAAAGCCAAAUUGGCUAGAAUAUACCCCACCCUGGAUGAUACUUGUGACAAAUGUCAAUUAUCCCAUGCAGAUUUAACUCAUAUGUUUUGGGCUUGUCCCUGUAUACAGACAUACUGGACUGACAUAUUCAGACACUUAUCUCAAAUGUUUAACAUUAAUCUACAACCCAGUCCAGAAUCAGCUAUUUUUGGGGUGCUGCCCAGAGAAUUAACUUAUAAUAGAACAACUCAAAAUGGUAUUGCUUUUCUGACACUGCUGGCAAGGAGGAAAAUCCUGCUAGAGUGGAAGUCUUCACACGCCCCCCAAUCACACUCCUGGCUUAAAGAUGUGAUGGCUUAUUUAAAAUUAGAGAAAAUUAAAUUUGAUUUACGGGGGUCACCAGGUGGUUUCACGUCCUCCUGGGGCCCCACUAUAAAUUACUUAAACAACUUGACAACUCUUUGA